AUACAGAAAUAGAAAAUAAAAUAGUGGUUAUAGGGGUUGGAGAAAGAAAAUGGAGAAAUGUAGGUCAAAGAAUACAAAGGAACAGACCUGUGGCUGAACCAGUGUCUAGAUCUAAUGUGCAAGAGUACUAUAGUUAAUACAAUUUCAUGGUGUUUGGAAUUCCUGCUAAAAGAGUAGAUUUUAGCUGCUCUUGUCACAAAAACAAAAAUUAGGUAACUAUGUAAGAUGAUGGACAUGUUGUUACUGUAGUAACCAUUUUACUAUCUAUAGCCUGCAACAUCAUGUUGUAUAACUUAAAUAUACACAAUAUAAUUUAUUUAUUUUAAAAAGAGAGGUUUAAACAGAACAUUCACACUGCAGGUAGUAUCACAGGUCAUUAACGCUAACUCAGCCUUCACAUAGAACUUUGGGAGUCACAGGACCAAGGACAGCCCGUGGCGAUUUAUGCAAACCCUUAAACCAAAAGGCCCACCUGUCAACAGGUAGAAGAGGUCAAGGGGGAAAUGAGCAGCGGCCACUGAAAUGGUCCAGGCCACCCAGCCAGGACCUGCCAACUUGUUAGGAGAAAGCCCUGAGAAUUUAAAACAAGGAGGAAGCAAGAGUGAAGGCGAAGGCAAAUUAGCUUCCCACAUGCUCUUAAACAGAAAGAGGGGUCGGGUGCUCGUUUUUCAUCCUGUGCGCUGAGCGCUGGCCGCGUUACCACACACAGAAGUCGGGCUCACCCCCGCCCUCGCCCCGCCUUCCUUCCCUCCUCCCAGGGCUCUGGACCAGCUCCGCAGGACCCCAGCGGCAGAGCCCGCGACCCCGCCGGGCAGCUCCAGCCCACUGGUCACCAGGGCAAAGAGGUUUGGACACAACUUUCCAUUUCCUGGGAAGAUUUUCUCUCUGCCUGUGUCACAAGAGGAUUCAGGACCUGAAAGAAGAGCUCAGGAUGAAGGUAAAAGGCAGAGGAAUCACCUGCUUGCUGGUCUCCUUUGCUGUGAUCUACCUGGUCGCCAUCCCAGGGGGCAGGGCCUGUCCUCGCCGCUGUGCCUGUUAUAUACCUGUGGAAGUACACUGCACAUUUCGGUACCUGACCUCCAUCCCAGAUAGCAUCCCGCCCAAUGUGGAACGCAUCAAUUUAGGAUAUAACAGCUUGGUUAGAUUGACGGAAACAGAUUUUUCUGGCCUGACCAAAUUGGAGUUACUCAUGCUUCACAGCAAUGGCAUUCACACAAUCCCUGACAAGACCUUCUCAGAUUUGCAGGCCUUGCAGGUCUUAAAAAUGAGCUAUAACAAAGUCCGAAAACUUCAGAAAGAUACUUUUUAUGGCCUCAGGAGCUUGACGCGAUUGCACAUGGACCACAACAAUAUUGAGUUUAUAAACCCUGAGGUUUUUUAUGGUCUCAGCUUUCUCCGCCUGGUGCACUUGGAAGGAAAUCGGCUUACUAAGCUCCAUCCAGAUACGUUUGUCUCUUUGAGCUAUCUCCAGAUAUUUAAAAUCUCUUUCAUUAAGUACCUAUACUUGUCGGAUAACUUCCUGACCUCCCUUCCUCAAGAGAUGGUCUCCUAUAUGCCUGACCUAGAAAGCCUCUACCUGCAUGGGAACCCAUGGACCUGUGAUUGCCAUUUAAAGUGGUUGUCUGACUGGAUACAGGAGAAGCCAGAUGUAAUAAAAUGCAAAAAAGAGAGAAGUCCCUCUAGUCCUCAGCAAUGUCCACUUUGCAUGAACCCUAGAACUUCUAAAGGCAAGCCCUUAGCUAUGAUCUCAGCUGCAGCUUUCCAGUGUGCCAAGCCAACCAUUGACUCAUCCCUGAAAUCAAAGAGCCUGACUAUUCUGGAAGACAGUGGUUCUGCUUUCAUCUCUCCCCAAGGUUUCAUGGCACCCUUUGGCUCCCUCACCAUGAAUAUGACAGACCAGUCUGGAAAUGAAGCUAACAUGGUCUGCAGUAUUCAAAAGCCCUCAAGGACAUCACCCAUUGCAUUCACUGAAGAAAAUGACUAUAUAAUGCUAAAUACUUCAUUUUCAACAUUUUUGGUGUGCAACAUAGAUUACGGUCACAUUCAGCCAGUGUGGCAAGUUCUGGCUUUGUACAGUGAUUGUCCUCUGAUACUAGAAAAGAGCCACUUGCUUAGCGAAACACCACAGCUCUGUUACAAAUAUAAACAAGUGGCUCCUAAGCCUGAAGACAUCUUUACCAACAUAGAGGCAGAUCUCAGAGCAGAUCCCUCUUGGUUAAUGCAAGACCAAAUUUCCUUGCAGCUGAACAGAACUGCCACCACACUCAGUACGUUACAGAUCCAGUACUCAGGUGAUAUCCAAAUCACUUUACCAAGAGCAGAGAUGAGGCCAGUGAAACACAAAUGGACUAUGAUUUCAAGGGACAACAAUACUAAGCUGGAACAUACUGUUUUGGUAGGUGGAACCAUUGGCCUCAACUGCCCAGGCCAAGGAGACCCCACCCCACACUUGGAGUGGCUUCUAGCUGAUGGAAGUAAAGUGAGAGCCCCUUAUGUCAGUGAGGAUGGACGGAUCCUAAUAGACAAAAGUGGAAAACUGGAACUCCAGAUGGCUGAUAGUUUUGACACGGGCGUAUAUCACUGCAUAAGCACCAAUUAUGAUGAUGCAGAUAUUCUCACCUAUAGGAUAACCGUGGUAGAACCUUCAGUAGAAGCCUAUCAGGAAAAUGGGAUUCAUCACACAGUUUUCACUGGUGAAACACUUGAUCUUCCAUGCCAUUCUACUGGUAUCCCAGAUGCCUCUAUCAGCUGGGUUCUUCCAGGAAACAAUGUGCUCUAUCAGUCAUCAAGAGACAAGAAAGUUCUUAACAAUGGCACAUUAAGAAUAUUACAGGUCACCCCAAAAGACCAAGGUUAUUAUCACUGUGUGGCAGCCAACCCAUCAGGAGUUGAUUUUUUGAUUUUCCAAGUUUCAGUCAAGAUGAAAGGACAAAGGCCAUUGGAGCAUGAUGGAGAAACAGAGGGAUCUGGACUUGAUGAGUCCAAUCCUAUUGCCCCUCUUAAGGAGCCGCCAGGUGCACAACUCCCUACAUCUGCUCCAAUGGGGGCUGAGGUUGGAAAACAAGCCUCAAGCACAAGUAAGAGGCAAAACUAUCGGGAAUUAAUACACCAGCGACAUGGAGAUUCAACACACAGACGUUUCGGGGAGAAUAGGAGGCACUUCCCUCCGUCUGCUAGGAGAAUUGACCCACAACACUGGGCGGCACUGUUGGAGAAGGUGAAAAAGAAUGCUGUGCCAGAGAAGCGAGAAAAUCCCACAGUGAGCCCACCCCCACUGGUCACUCAACUUCCAAACAUACCUGGUGAGGAUGAUGAUUCCUCAGGCAUGCUCACUCGAGAUGAGGAAUUGAUGGUCCUGGCCACUAAAGCUUCGGACCUUGCAGUAACUACAGUGAUGGCUGACUCCAGAACAGUAUCUCGUCCUGUGACAAACAUAACUUCUGGCACAGAAUUCUCUCCUGUUGUGAGUUCACAAAUAUUACCACCCAAAGAACUCGUAGAUUUCAAACCAUCUGCUACUAUUGAAACUAUAGCCAUGUCAAAGAAUGUAAACCCAACCAUGUCAAGCCAAAUGCAAGGCACAACCAAUCAACGUCCAUCCACUGUCUUUCCACUACAUCCCAGAGAUACUGAAUUUCAAGACUCUGACCAGAUGGGAAGAGGAAGAGAGCAUUUCCAAAGCACACCCCCAAAAACAGUGAGGACUAUGAUCAAAGAUGUCGAUGCCAAAAUGCUUACUAGCACCAAUGACAAAGUAUUGUUAGAGUCAGUAAAUACCACAAAUAGUCAUCAGACAUCUGAGAGAGAAGUCAGUGAGCCCAGGCACAAUCACUUCUAUUCUCACACUACUCAAACACUUAGCACCUCCACGUUCCCUUCAGAUCUCCAUAUGGCUGCUCAUUCUCAGUUUCAGAUCCCUAGAAAUGGUACAGUUAACAUCCCACUGUUCAGACGCUUUGGGAGGCGGAGGAGAAUUGGGGGAAGGGGGCGGAUUUUCAGCCCAUAUAGAACUCCAGUUCUCCGACGGCAUAGAUACAGCAUUUUCAGGCCAACAACCAGAGGCUCUUCUGAGAAAAGCACUGCUACAUUCUCAGCCACAAUGCUCAAUGUGACAUGCCUGUCCUAUCUUCCCAGGGAGGGUCUCACCACUGCAACAGCAGCAUUGUCUUUUCCAAGUGCUGAACCCAUUACUUUCCCCAAAGUUGACAUUGCUAGAGUCGCAUCAGAAGAAUCUACAACUGUAGUCCAGAAUCCACUAUUACUAUUUGAGAACAAACCCAACGUAGAUAUUGAGAAAACAACCACAAUAAAAUAUUUCAGUACUGAAAGUUCUCAAGUGACCCCAACUGGUACAGUCAUGACUUAUGCUCCAACAUCUAUACCCAUGAAAAAAACUCACAAAAUAAAUGCUGGUUACCCAAGGGUGUCUAGCACCAAUGAAACUAAAAGAGAUUCAGUGAGUACAUCAUCACUUUCAGGUGCUAUCACUAAGCCACCAAUGACUACUAUUAUAGCCACUACAAGGUUUUCAAGAAGGACAAUUCCCUGGCAGCAGAACUUUGUUAAUAACCAUAACCCAAAAGGCAGAUUAAAGAAUCGACAUAAAUUUAGUUUACAAAACACAGCUGUGAUGCUUCCUAAAACAUCUCCCGCUUUACCCACAGAUAAAGAUUCCCCCUCCCAUUUCACCACACUUUCAGCAAGUGUGAUACAAAUUCCAUCUAUUACCUUGACUACAACUCACCAUACAACCAGCAAAACAUACAGUCCUGGAAGUCUUCCAGCAGUGAAGGAGCUUCCCUUCCCAUCCUUUAACCCCAUGCUUCCUAGUAUAAGCAAAGACUCAAGUACAAUAAACAUCAUAUCAAUGCAAACAGCAAUGCCAGCAAUUCCUCCUACUGUCCCUGCACCUGUCAUUACUUAUGAAACCCAAACAGAGAGACCCAGAGCACAAACAAUACAAAGAGAAAAGGAGCCUCUAAAGAACAGGAAUGACCCAAACAUCUCUCCAGGCCAGAGUUCUGGCUUCGCUACAUCCACUGCUAUGACACUUCCUGUUCUAAUGACAGUGGAAACUUCAGUCAAGCCCAGUGUCUCUGCAUUCAUUCAUUCCCCACCAGAAAACACAACUAGAAUUUCGAGCACAAUUGGUCGUCAUUCAAGAACUCUGACAGAUGUGAUUGAAGAGCCAGACCAAGUGAGUACUCAGACUUUGAAGAGCACAAUUGCUUCUGAGACAACUUUGUCUGGCAAAUCAUACCAGAGUACCACCACCAGGAAAGCAGUCAUUAGACACUCAACCAUGCUACCAUUCCUGAGCAGCAGUCCUAUUCUAAUGCCAAUUCCCAUCUCCCCUCCCUUUACUCAGAGAGCAGUUACUGACAACGUGGCAACUCCCAUUUCCAGGCUUAUGACAAAUACAGUGGUCAACCUGCAAGAAUCCUCAAGGCACAAUGCUAAUCCACAGCAAUUAGCAGAGGUUACAACAUCUCCCCAGGCUCACCCAAAUGCCAAGUUCACAACUGGAACCACUCACUUCAGCUACUCUAAUCUGUUACAUUCUACUCCCAUGCCAGCACUAGUAAGAGUUAAAUCACAGAAUUCUAAAUUAACUCCAUCUCCCUGGUCAGAAAACCAAUUCUGGCACAAGCCAUACUCAGAAAUUGCUGAAAAAGGGAAAAUGCCAGAAGUAAGCAUGUUGCCCACUACAGGUCUGCCAGAGUCCACCGCUCAUGCUUCAAAUAGGGAUGGACAGAAGAAUGCAAAGAAGAGUGACUUUGAUAAAAAAUCAGUUCAAGAAGUAACAACUUCCAAACUCCUUCUCUUUGACUCUUUGUCUAGGAAUAUAUUUGAAAAGCCCAGGAUAGUUGGAGGAAAAGCUGCAAGUUUUACUAUUCCAGCUAACUCAGAUGCCUUUCUUCCCUGUGAAGCUGUUGGAAAUCCCCUGCCCACCAUUCGAUGGACCAGAGUCUCAUCAGGACUUGAUUUAUCUAAAAGGAAACAGAGUAACAGGGUCCAGGUUCUCCCUAAUGGUACCCUGUCCAUCCAGAGGGUGGAAAUUCAGGACCGUGGACAGUACCUGUGCUCAGCAUCCAAUCUGUUUGGCACAGACCACCUUCAUGUCACCUUGUCUGUGGUUUCUUAUCCUCCCAGGAUCCUGGAGAGACGUACCAAAGAGAUCACAGUUCAUUCUGGAAGCACUGUGGAACUGAAGUGCAGAGCAGAAGGUAGGCCAAGCCCUACAAUUACCUGGAUUCUUGCAAACCAAACAGUUGUCUUGGAAUCAUCCCAGGGAAGCAGGCAGGCCCUGGUGACGGUUGACGGAACAUUGGUCAUCCACAAUCUCAGUAUUUAUGACCGUGGCUUUUACAAAUGUGUGGCCAGCAACCCAGCUGGCCAGGAUUCACUGCUGGUUAAAAUACAAGUCAUUGCAGCACCACCUGUUAUUCUAGAGCAAAAGAGGCAAGUCAUUGUAGGCACUUGGGGUGAAAGUUUAAAACUGCCCUGUACUGCAAAAGGAACUCCUCAGCCCAGCAUUUACUGGGUCCUCUCUGAUGGCACUGAAGUGAAACCAUUACACUUUACCAAUUCCAAGUUGUUCUUAUUUUCAAAUGGGACUUUGUAUAUAAGAAACCUAACUUCUUCAGACAGGGGCACUUAUGAAUGCAUCGCUACCAGUUCCACGGGUUCGGAGCGAAGAGUAGUAAUGCUUACAAUGGAAGCGCGAGUGACCAGCCCCAGGAUAGAAGUUGCAUCCCAGAAAAGGACUGAAGUGAAUUUGGGGGACAAAUUACUACUGAACUGCUCAGCCACUGGGGAGCCCAAACCUCAAAUAAUGUGGAGGUUACCAUCCAAGGCUGUGGUCGACCAGCAGCACAGAAUGGGCAGCCGGAUCCAUGUCUAUCCAAAUGGAUCCCUGUUUAUUGGAUUGGUAACAGAAAAAGACAGUGGUGUCUACUUGUGUGUGGCAAGAAACAAAAUGGGGGAUGAUCUGAUACUGAUGCAUGUCAGCCUAAGACUGAAACCUGCCAAAAUUGACCACAAGCAGUAUUUUAGAAAGCAAGUGCUCCAUGGGAAAGAUUUCCAAGUAGACUGCAAAGCUUCUGGCUCCCCGAAGCCAGAGAUAUCUUGGAGUUUGCCCGACGGAACCAUGAUCAACAAUGCAAUGCAAGCCGAUGACAGUGGCCACAGGACCAGAAAGUAUAUCCUUUUUAACAAUGGAACCUUAUACUUCAACAAAGUUGGGGUAGCAGAGGAAGGAGAUUAUACUUGCUAUGCCCAGAACACCCUAGGGAAGGAUGAAAUGAAGGUCCACUUAACAGUUAUAACGGCUGCUCCCCGGAUAAGGCAGCAUUAUAAAACCAACAAGAGAAUCAAAGUUGGAGACGCAGCUGUCCUUGACUGUGAGGUCAUUGGGGAUCCCAAACCAAAAAUAUUUUGGUUGCUGCCUUCCAACGACAUGAUUUCCUUCUCCACCGACAGGUACACGUUUCAUGCCAAUGGGUCUCUGAUCAUCAACAAAGUGAAACUGCUUGAUUCUGGAGAGUACGUAUGUGUAGCCCAAAAUCCUAGUGGGGAUGACACCAAAAUGUACAAACUGGACAUUGUCUCUAAACCUCCAUUAAUCAAUGGUCUGUAUAUAAACAGAACUGUUAUUAAAGCCACGGCUGUGAGACAUUCCAAAAAACACUUUCACUGCAGAGCUGACGGGACACCACCUCCUGAAGUCAUGUGGAUCAUGCCAGACAAUAUUUUCCUCACAGCCCCAUACUAUGGAAGCAGAAUCACAGUCCAUAAAAAUGGAACCUUGGAAAUUAGGAAUGUGAGGCUUUCAGAUUCAGCCGAUUUUAUCUGUGUGGCUCGAAAUGAAGGAGGAGAGAGCGUGUUGGUAGUACAGUUAGAAGUACUGGAAAUGCUGAGAAGACCGACAUUCAGAAAUCCAUUUAAUGAAAAAACAGUUGCCCAGCUGGCAAAGUCCACAGUAUUGAAUUGCUCUGUUGAUGGUAACCCACCACCUGAGAUAAUCUGGAUUUUACCAAACGGCACACGAUUUUCCAAUGGUCCACAAAGUUAUCAUCAGUAUCUUAUAGCAAGCAAUGGUUCUUUUAUCAUUUAUAAGACAACCCGGGAGGAUGCAGGAAAAUAUCGCUGUGCAGCUAGGAAUAAAGUUGGCUAUAUUGAGAAAUUAAUCAUAUUAGAAAUUGGCCAGAAGCCAGUUAUUCUUACAUAUGCACCAGGGACAGUAAAAGGCCUCAGUGGAGAGUCUCUAUCACUGCAUUGUGUGUCUGAUGGAAUUCCUAAGCCAAACAUCAAAUGGACUAUGCCAAGUGGUUAUGUAGUAGACAGGCCUCAAAUUACUGGGAAAUACAUAUUGCACGACAAUGGUACCUUAGUCAUCAAAGAAGCAACAGCUUAUGACCAGGGAAACUAUAUCUGUAAGGCUCAAAAUAGUGUUGGUCAUACACUGAUUACAGUUCCAGUAAUGAUGGUAGCCUACCCUCCCCGAAUUACAAAUCGUCCACCCAGGAGCAUCGUCGCCAGGACAGGGACAGCCUUUCAGCUCCACUGUGUGGCCCUGGGAGUUCCCAAGCCAGAAAUCACGUGGGAGAUCCCUGGCCACUCCCUUGUCUCAACGGCAAGUAAAGGGAGGACACGUGGAAGUGAGCAGCUUCACUUACAAGGUACACUAGUCAUUCAGAAUCCGCAAACCUCCGAUUCUGGUAUAUACAAAUGCACAGCAAAGAAUCCACUUGGUAGUGAUUAUGCAGCAACGUAUAUUGAAGUAAUCUGACAUGAAAUUAAAGUCAACAUCUGGGCAGAAUUUAUUUUUUGGAAGAAGUUUAAUCAAAGGCAGCCAUAGGCAUGUAAAUGAAUUUGAAUACAUUUACAGUAUUAAAUUUACAAUGAACAUGCAAAAUAAAAGGACUUGUAAAUAAAUGCAUUAUGAACUGAUACUGAUUUCUUUAAUGGAUCUCAAAACAAACUUGUAACUUAAGGCACUUUUAUUUUGCCAACAAAUAACAUUAAAACGGUCCACUAUAACAAAUGGCUAAUGUACCUGAAUUUUUCAGUAAAAAAUGAACUUUUACUACCAGUUGCCUAGUGUCCACCUUCUGUCAGUGUUUCAAGCAUGGCACUCAGAACAGAGACAAUGGAAAAUAUUAAAUCUGCAAUCUUUAUGUAAAGUUACCAUCCUGAUCUAUAAAUAUUUUAUGGUUUAUAAACUUUUUUUUGCUAAAACCUACAGAAAAUAAGCACUGAACUGUCUUGAUUAUGAUUCACCAUUUGUUCACACUGAAAAUUUUCAUUGAUGGGGAAUACAAAAAUGUUUUAAUAACUGCAUUUAAAAAUAAAUGCAGGCUAACUUCCACAUGUAAAAAGCAAUGUAAUAACCUGCACAUCGUAAAAUGUGAAAAGGGGAUUGAUUACUUUUGUCCAAAUACACCCAUUAAAAAGGUUUUAAAAAUACAAUGAAACUUCUUUAUAACUUUAAAAUCUAGCUUAGGCACCCCUGGUUUGGAGCUGUUUAUAAAGAAAUUUUUCUGAGGAGGAAUCAUUGCUCUAUAAGCAUUUCAUUAAUAAUUAUGGGAUGGGAAAAAGCUUGGGAGGGUCUAGAUCUAUUAUAUAUAAUGAAGUUUCACUGUAUUUAAAAUCUGAUCAUUCCUACACAAAAUGUUGCUUUUUGUAAUUCACUGAAUUUAUAUUACAUGCUUAAUUCAACCUGAAUUAAUUUGGGGAAUAUAUGAUUCAUCUUAUCUAAAU